GCACCGGUCAGUCGAUAGGGGGUGUUGACGACCUGCCAGUUUUAUAGGUGGAUUCGUUUUUUCUGGAGUGGCAAAGUCGAACGUGUGAUUGUUCAGACAAGUAGGCUAGGCCGCAGCCAUGGCUGCCAUCGACGCUCUUUCCAGUGAGCUCGCCUUUAAGGCCCAUGUGGAUGCGGCCUCCCGUGACUAUGUGUGCGAGCCGCACCUUGAGUAUCGCACCGUAGCUGGUGUCAGCGGUCCUCUGGUGGUGGUGGAUUGCGUCAAGAAGCCAAAGUACGCCGAAAUCGUGGAGCUUCGCCUGGGCGAUGGCUCUCUGCGCCGCGGUCAGGUGCUGGAGGUGGACGGCAACCGCGCGGUGGUGCAGGUGUUCGAGGGUACCUCUGGCAUUGACAACCGGAAGACCACGCUGGAGUUCACCGGCGAGGUGUUGAAGACGCCUGUGUCGCGUGACAUGCUUGGGCGUGUGUUCAACGGGUCCGGCAAGCCCAUCGAUGGCGGCCCGCCCAUUCUGGCUGAGUCCUUCCUGGAUAUCACCGGCGCCUCCAUCAACCCCGCCGAGCGCACCUACCCCGAGGAGAUGAUCCAGACGGGUAUUUCCACGAUCGACGUCAUGAACUCCAUUGCCCGUGGCCAGAAGAUUCCCCUCUUCUCGGCUGCAGGUCUGCCGCACAACGAUAUUGCUGCGCAGAUUUGCCGCCAAGCUGGUCUGGUGAAGCUGCCAGCAGGCCAGAAGAAGCACGGGCAUGGCGGGAGCGCGGAGGGCGCGGAGGACGAGUCCUUCGCCAUUGUCUUCGCGGCUAUGGGUGUGAACAUGGAGACGGCGCACUUCUUCAAGCAGGACUUCGAGGAGAACGGCUCCCUGGAGCGCACCGUGCUGUUCCUGAACUUGGCCAACGACCCCACCAUCGAGCGCAUCAUCACGCCCCGCAUUGCGCUCACCACCGCCGAGUACCUAGCCUACGAGUGCGGCUACCACGUGCUGGUCAUCCUGACGGACAUGUCGUCGUACGCGGAUGCGCUGCGUGAGGUGUCGGCGGCGCGUGAGGAGGUGCCCGGUCGCCGUGGCUACCCCGGCUACAUGUACACGGAUUUGGCUACCAUCUACGAGCGCGCCGGGCGUAUCGAGGGCCGCAAGGGCUCCAUCACGCAGCUGCCCAUCUUGACCAUGCCCAACGACGACAUCACUCACCCCAUCCCCGAUCUGACGGGCUACAUCACGGAGGGGCAGAUCUACAUUGAUCGCCAGCUGCACAACCGCCAAAUCUACCCGCCCAUCAACGUGCUGCCGUCGCUGUCGCGUCUGAUGAAGUCCGCUAUCGGCGAUGGCAUGACGCGCAAGGACCACUCGGAGGUGUCCAACCAGCUGUACGCCAACUACGCCAUCGGCAAGGAUGUGGCGGCCAUGAAGGCCGUGGUGGGUGAGGAGGCGCUGUCGUCCGAGGACCUGCUGUACCUGGAGUUCCUGGAGAAGUUCGAGAAGAAGUUCGUGGCACAGGGCCCCUACGAGAACCGCACGAUUUUCAACUCGCUGGACCUGGCCUGGUCGCUGCUGCGGAUCUUCCCCCGCGAGCUGCUGCGCCGCAUCACCGUCAAGACCCUGGACGAGUGGUACGAGCGCAAGGAGGAGCACUAAGCGCUCGGAUGUGGCGUUUAGGGUGACGCCAGGAUUUGGGGUUGAUAGGGAGCCCUGUGGGGCGGGAUGGGCUGUGUGAGGGGCGGAGUGAGGAGGUUGCGGCAUAGCGGUUUGGAGUGUUCGAAAUGGAAGUGCUGGGGACAUUGCGGGGUGGGAAGUCAGGGGCUGGGGACAUUCAUGGGUAGGUUGCGAGCGUAUAUCCUAUGGGCCUGGGUUGUGCAUCCGUUUAUGAUUGCGACUGGUACACUGUGUUUCUACGAAUCUGCACGUUGUAGGAUCCCCUGUUAUCAAAGCCUUCGGACAUGCUCCGGGCUUUACGUUAGCUCGUAGCAUUGCAUCAGCUUGCAGGUUUGGUGCCUGCAUCUACCGAUGUAAUCGUGAGCAAACAGUU